UGGAAUAUAAUUAGUGCAAUCAGCAGGGUCUCUUGUGCAAACACCCCGUCCACUGCACAGCCAAUUCCCCAUCGCGAUAGGCCCGUUCGCACGAAUCACUGCUCUGCUUUCACCCCCCGCAUCGAACCUCACCCCCGAUCUGAUCGAAUCGAAGGCUGCGGCGGCGAUGGGCGGUGACCAUGGCGGUGGGCACGCCGGCGGCGACUUCCGCCAGAAGGUAUGGAGCAUGACGGGCGGCCCGUACUGCCGCCCCGUCCACUGGCGCCGUAACACCGCCAUCGCCAUGUUCGGCGUCUUCCUCAUCUGCAUCCCCAUCGCUAUGAAGUCCGCAGAGCUCGAGGUACCAGAGCUUGGCCCUUUUUUUCAGGCUGGAGCCAUGUUGCUAAAAGACAGGCAUACUGACUCAAUGUGUUCAUCGUUUUGUUUGUAAAAUAGACUGGGGAAAUCACAGUGCUAACGAAUGUAAUAUGAUACUUUUAUGCAGCAACGCCCGCAUCACCCAGUCCGGCCAAUCCCAUCUCAACUGUGGUGCAAAAACUUUGGUAAGAAGGAAUACUGAAGGACCCUCCAACUAGCAUGAAGUGCGGGCACCUUGCUUUUGCCUUCUUUUUGUGGAAACCUGUGCCUAGCCAUAAUGCUGGGUUAAGUGUUAGGAGCAUCUCUGGAAUGCUUCGCGUAGUAUCUUUUGAUUCUUCUUUCCUUCGUGUUACAUGUGAAAUGCCUGAUGAACUCAAAUAAUGACCGGUGAUACAAAAGCCUGUGAUGAAUUUACUCGAGGGUUUUGAUCAUGUAAUUGUAAACAUGGCAUGUCGUCUGCACACUUAAUGUUGAAGCUUGAUUCAUAAGCCUCGUGUAUGUGUGGUUGGCUGA